AUGGCGGCGGCGGCGGUAGCGUCGAGCACCGACGACGACGAUGUCUCGCCGCACAGUAGAGCUCCUCCGCCGGAUCACGACAUGGACAAGAGCAACGGCUAUGUCUCCUCUCCACUGCGCGCAGAACAUCGAGCCAGUACAGUCAACGACAACAACGCUCCACUUCCGAGGGCCCCGGAUGCAGAGGGAACGCUACGUCUAGACACCUCCAAGCUGCCUAUACCGCCAUCGAUUCAGUUUGCUCCGCCGUCACCCGGAGCAUUCCCCUUCAAUGCCAGUCCUGGCUCAGUCGGUCCUUCGCCGACAACCAAAGACACUUCGUUGCAAGGAAUGAGCGGCAGUACCGAGCAUUCGCCUUCGCCAGGUGGCUUGGCUCGCAAGAGACCGAAUAUACCCGGAGCAUCUACUCCGCCAGAACGAAGAAGCGUACAGUUUGCAAGGGGAACGUUGGAAGAUCCGGGUCCAACACCGCUGGCCAAGACGCUGACUUGGGAGACGGAGAACAAUGACGAGGAUGAUCAGAAUGGAAGGGAACGCCAGGCUUCAGGCUCUUUCUUUAUGAAGUUGAAGCAAUUGGCUACUCCUAACCAUACCCGCUCCUCUAGUAGUGCGACUGCAACGGGCUUCACAACACCAAACGCUGCGCUGUCUCCACAGUCAGAAAGAAGCGAUCCCAUGCUACCUGUCCCCUCUGAAGCUGUCGAAAGCGAUGCGGAUGCAGACCAGGAAGAUUCAGAAGUGGAAGGGCCAAGCGAUGGGUUGCGUCCACGAAAACGACGGAAGAGCAAGCGGCCGCAGCUAGGCCCUGCAGAGUCGCUGCCAGCAACACCUCGAGCCUCUCGUUUCGCAUCUUUCAUGCGCGAUCAUCCAAUACCCAGAACUGGCAGGUCUAGCAGUCGCCCGGCAGCACCAUCUCGACGCGCUACGAUGUCUGAUGUGUCCGAUCAUGAGCAGAACGGAGCUGGCGUUUCUGAGGACGAGGGCAGAGACAGGAUACGCAACGCAUGGCGAAGAGGCAUUGAAGGUGCACGUGGAUUGAGCUAUGCAAACCGCAAGGAACGCGAGGGCGAACCAUCCGAAAGCAAAAGACCUGGCAAUCUUCGUCGACUGACCAACUUUGGAACGCAUGACAGCAGUUCACCUUUCAGACUUCGCGCAGACAGGCACAAUAGUGCUAGUGCGCAGAAAUGGAAACAAGUCAAAGCAGGCCUGAAGAUGCUAGGUCAGCGCAAGAAGGAUGAAAGAAUGAAGAUUGACCACCAGAAGUCAGCACAGCUUAUGGCUGAGUUGUUGGCUGGUGCGCCUGCUGCUCUCAUCUUCGCCAGCAUGUUCCAGCGUGAUGAGCAUCAACAUCGAAAAGUGCCAGUACUAUUGGAGCAGCUCAAGAUCAGCAUUCCCGAUGUUCGCGCACGCACGGAUAAAAAGGGUGAUCGAGACUACAUCUACAAAGUCGACUUGGAGUACGGGAACGGUCCGGCGCGCAUGCAGUGGACGAUAUACCGCUCUGUAAACGAUUUCGUAAACUUGCAUGUCAAAUACAAGGCGCAAGAAGCAACAGACAAAGUUCGGCAUUUCAGGGGCGACGACAGGAGUAAAGCGAAGAUUCCUCGCUUUCCCAAGAGUGUCAUUCCGUAUGCUCGUGGUAUGCGUGGACUGUUUGAGAAGAUCAAGGACGAGGAGGACGAUCAAGAUCCUCCUGAUACGCCUGGUCAGAUCGACGGCGUGACACAGGCAAACACAGAUGCCAACGCCAAACGACCGCGAGGUCAUCGCCGCGCUCAGUCAUCACUCUUUGGUCCUCCACGAAGACAGAGUACCAGCGAGAUUGGCAACACUUCAGCGGAUCCUGACAUCCUCACUGCUCGGCAGCGAGAGCUCUAUGCUGAACGUUCACGUCAGAAGUUGGAGACGUAUCUGCAACAGAUGAUCCGUUGGCUGAUCUUCCGCCCCGACAGCUCUCGACUUUGCAAGUUCCUGGAGCUCUCCGCCAUGGCAAUUCGUCUUUCUGCGGAAGGUGGCUAUCAGGGCAAGCAAGGUCUUCUUCAAAUUGCAUCAAGACGGCAUCGUGAGCUUCGCCGCAAGACACUGCAGACUCUUGGACCACAGGCCUUCAAAGAGCGGCACAAAAGACGAUGGUUCCUCGUUCGGCACAGCUACAUCGUCUGUGUGGACGGCCCGGAAUCGUUAAACCCGUACGAUGUCUUCCUCGUCGAUUCCGACUUCUCGAUUGAGAAGCAGAGAAAGCGAAUCUUGGACCAGAAGACACCACAGGAGAUGGCCAAGAUCGCCACCGAGAAUGCCACCCCUGCCAAGAAGGCCCAUCUUAUACAACUUUACAACGCCGAACGUAAGAUCAAGCUCUACGCCAGGAAUGAGAAGCAAUACUUGCAGUUCAAGGAGUCUCUAACACACAUGAUGCACAACACCGUCUGGGCGCAAAAACAACGAUUUGCCAGCUUUGCACCAGUGCGAAACAACGUCUGGUGUCGCUGGCUGGUUGAUGGCAGAGACCACAUGUGGCAAGUGUCCCGUGCUAUCGACAACGCAAAAGACUUUGUCUACAUUCACGAUUGGUGGCUCAGUCCAGAACUGUAUAUGCGUCGACCUGCGGCUAUCAGCCAGAAGUGGCGCCUGGAUCGUCUCCUACAGCGAAAGGCGCAGGAAGGUGUCAAAAUCUUCGUCAUUGUUUACCGCAACAUCGAGUCUGCCAUUCCCAUCGACUCAGAAUACACCAAAUGGAGCUUGCUCGACCUGCACGAGAACAUCAUUGUCCAGCGCUCACCAAAUCAGCUCAGGCAGAAUCAAUUCUUUUGGGCUCAUCACGAGAAGCUCGUGGUUGUCGACAACAUGAUGGCUUUCGUUGGCGGUGUUGAUCUUUGUUUUGGAAGAUGGGACGACCCAUGCCAUUCACUUACUGACGACAAGCUUACUGGCUUUGAACUGGACCACGACGUACCUAGAGAUGCAGAGCACUGCCAAGUCUGGCCUGGCAAAGACUAUUCGAAUCCUCGAGUUCAGGAUUUCUACGCUCUUGACAGACCAUACGAAGAGAUGUAUGAUCGAACGAAGGUGCCGAGGAUGCCGUGGCACGACAUUGCCAUGCAGAUCGUCGGCCAGCCUGCACGAGAUGUCGGACGUCAUUUCGUUCAGCGAUGGAACUACAUCUUAAGAUCGAGAGUGCCUUCACGACCAACGCCAGUCUUGAUGCCUCCACCUGAAUACGAACAAGAAGAGCUCGACCGACUUGGAAUGACUGGUACAUGUCAGGUGCAGAUACUGAGAUCUUGUUCGCCCUGGUCGAUCGGUACACCCAACAAAGUCGAGCACAGCAUCAUGAACGCCUAUGUCACGCUCAUUCAAACCUCAGAGCACUUUGUCUACAUUGAGAACCAAUUCUUCGUCUCGAGCUGCACAGUCGAAGGCACAACCAUCCACAACAAAAUCGGAGACGCCAUUGUGGAGCGAGCGAUCGAAGCACAUGAGAAGCGUGAAGCAUGGCAGUGCUGUCUCGUUAUUCCACUCAUGCCAGGCUUCCAGAACAGUGUUGAUGCUCAGGACGGUACCAGCGUACGUCUCAUCAUGCAGUGCCAAUACCGAAGCAUCUGUCGCGGCGACACUUCUAUCUUCGGUCGAUUGAGGGCAGUUGGUAUCGAUCCAGAAGACUAUGUUCGAUUCUACUCUCUUCGCCAAUGGGGAAAGAUCGGGCCACGAAAGUGUCUUACCACCGAGCAGCUUUACAUUCACGCCAAGUGCAUGAUCGUCGAUGAUCGGUCCGUCAUCAUUGGAUCUGCGAACAUUAACGAGCGAUCCAUGCUUGGUUCAAGAGAUUCUGAGGUCGCCUCUAUCGUCACCGAUACUUGCAUGAUACCGAGCUUCAUGGGAGGCAAACCGUACCGUGUAGGCGAAUUUCCUCAUUCACUUCGAAAGCGACUGAUGCGCGAGCAUCUCGGGAUCGAUGUUGAUGCCAUCUACCGACGUGAGCAAGUGGCCGCCGAGCGAGAAGAGCAGGAUGCCGAGAUGGAGCGCAUCUAUCGACACCACGAAGCCUUCACGCCACAACAUGAAUAUUUCGAAACACCACCCCAGACACCGCUCGCGCCUGCCAUACAGUUCCACAAUCUCGAAGCAUCGACGACCGGCUUCGCUGGAACCAGGAAUGAGCCUGACGGAUACGCUGGAACUACGCAAACUGGUUCGUCAGAUCAGCUUGAGCAUGAGCAUACCAAGGAUCACGGAAAGAGCCCUGAAAGGGACCUCGACGUUGAGGGCUAUGGCUUUGAUAACAUGAAGAGACUCAUGGACGCCGGUGACAAUGGCUUGAGAGAUUCAUACAUUGAUAUAAACGGACGGGAAGUGCUCUUGAAGAAGGACGCUCCCGACACGUUGCGAAUCAAAGCUCUCGAGGAAGCAGGGUUGGAACGUCAGCGAAGCGAAAGCAAAGAAAGGAAAACAGCACCCCCAGUUCGACCGCCCUGGCCAACGGAGCGCAUAGAUACGAUUGAGAUGGGUCUCCCCACACGUUCGCAGCUACCGGAACUUCCAAGUCUUGAUGACACGGAUAUAGGAGGUCCGCCAUUAAGACAGGGAACAUCUUCUGGCUCGAAAAAGACUGCCGAUCCCCUCAUUCGCUCCUUGAAGAGGCCUGAAAUCCACGAGGACUGCAUGACUGAUCCUAUCGCAAGUGGCUUCUAUCAUGACAUCUGGCAACAAGUGGCAGAGAACAACACCAAGAUCUACCGCCAGGUGUUCCGCUGCAUGCCUGAUUCGGAAGUGAUCGAUUGGAGGACUUAUGAAAAGUUCAACGCUUACAACGAGGCUUUCAUGCAGUCGCAAGGCUUGGGCAAUAGUAAGCCAAACCCCGUGAAGGGCGCUCCAGGACAGUCUGGUCCACCUGGCGCUGGUGGCACAAACCCCAAUAGCCCCACGAGUGCUGUCUUCCCUGAGACGAGGACAAGAUCCAAGAGCGUGUUGGGUGGCUUCGUCGACAAGCUGCGACCUGGUAGUAAGGCUUCCACGACCGACACUUCCCACACGGAGGAAAUGAACGAGAAAGGCCCUGCCCGCGGUGGCUCGCCUGGAUCUCCUGGCUCAGGUGCUUCCAGCGGCCCAACAGCCGUCCCCUCCUCCGACCAAACUCCCCUGGAUGAGAAAGACGCCAUCAAGCAAACCACACCACCCGGCGAGGAAAGACAGGGCUCCAAAACCGAAGACGAGAAGGCCGCGGCCAUUCGAGACGACAUCGCCGUGACGCGCACCCGCACAAUCCAGUACUCCGACAGCGUCAACCUCGCGCCCGAGACGACCGCGACGCAGUCCAACGACCUCCGGCACACGACCUCGCAGAAACGCCGUCGCCGCGGGACCACCAAAUCCAGUGGACGUCCUCUGCCGGAGGAAGUCAUGGGCCGGGAGGAGGCGGAGGAUCUCUUGAAGCUCGUGCAGGGCCAUCUUGUGCUUUGGCCUUAUGAUUGGCUCGAAAAGGAAGAACGAGGCGGCAAUUGGUUGUACAGCAUUGAUCAGAUUGCGCCGUUGGAGAUUUAUGAUUGA